CUAAAGGUUUUAAACGGUACCGAACGGGACGCAUUGGUCGGAUUGAUGGGAUGAAUGAUUGUAGAGUGCGAAAGGCUAAACUACUCUUAUGUGUGGUUGUAUUGAACUGAUUAUUUAGUAAAAUACGUAAAUAUUUGUAGUUAAUUCGCAAAUGUUGCAGUUAUUAUUACAUGUUAUUAUGAAGAGAUAAUAUAUGCAGAUUUGAAUAUUUGAUACCAUGAGACUUUAAAUAUUAUUAAUGUUCAAGAUGUAUAAUAGCUUGCAUCGUUUCUAUUCCAUUGUUUGUAGGAGUUCAUUAGUGAAUGCACUGAAAUUUUCUACAAAUAAAACUUAUAUCACAAGAGGAGUUUUGCAUACAAAGAUAUUAGGAAACCAGUUGCUGCAAGAAGCACAACAGAAAAUAGAUCAUUUUAUUCAAGAAAGUCCAGAAAACGAUAAGCGACUUAAAGUUUUGCAACUGGAAAUUGAUGUUGCCAGGCAGGAAGGAGAAAGAAUACCUACCGACCUGAAUGCAAGACAGUGGUGGGAACUACUGAGCACAAAAUCAUUCCGGAAGAGAAUGAAGUAUCUUGAACAUUUGUUUAAGUUAGAAAAAAUGAGAGAGAACAGGUUAAAGAAGAAAACAGAGAAGAGACAAGAAUUUCUUAAACAAAUAACAGAAUUGAAAGAGGAGAGGGAGAAUAACAAGGACAAAUUAUUUUAUGGUCUUCAUGGCAAUACAUUUUUCAUGCGAAUAUAUGAAGCAGCAAUGAAUGUCAGUUAUAAUUACCACUUGGCUACAGCUAUGCAAUUUGGACAGAAGUUGAUUUUUGACUGCAGCUUUGAUCAUACCAUGAAUGACAUGGAGAUAAAUAGCUGUGCUCGUCAGGUGGCGCUUAUUUAUUCUUCCAAUCGGAUGCACAAGGAGCCAUUUAAUAUUUAUUUAACCAAUGUUGACCUUUCGGGGCGACUGAUGAAAAAGCUUCAUAUUCUUAUUCCAAAUUUAUUUAACGACGACUUCAUGUUAAACAUUACUACAAAAUCCUAUUUGGAAUUGUUUGAAAAAAAGGAAUUAGUUUACCUUACACCCCACUGUCAAACAGACAUGCAAACGUAUGAUCCAUCUAAAAUUUAUAUCAUUGGAACAAUGGUAGACAAGGUUAACCCUCAGCCAUUAACAUUGGCUAAAGCCAAGAAAGAAGGUUUGCGAAUGGAGAAGUUCCCUUUAAACCAAUAUUUACCUUGGGGUCCAGGGUCAAAUAAGAAUUUAAGCUUGAAUCAAGUAGUGUCCAUAUUACUUGAUUUAAAUGCCACCAGAGAUUGGAAUCAGGCGCUACAACACGUCCCACGUAGGAAAUUAGUUGAGAGCAGAGAGAAGGCACAAGAACGUAAACUUAGCAAGAUGAUGCAAGAAAUACACCAACUCUCAGAAACGGAGGAAGCAAAGGAAGCUAUUUUUACAUUUAAAAAUAGACAAAAA